AUGCCACAAAAUGAACAACAGAGUGCUGAGCUGGUGGACUUAAUUACUUCACAUAAGGAAAGAUGCCUUUUUAGCAACACACUCAUGCCAGAUACAAGAAGAAUUUCCAUCAUUUGGCAGCUGAAUUUGACAGUAGUUUUAAAAUUAGCAAAAAUCAACCACGUAAAUUCAAUUGAAUUUUAUUUAAACUCACGCGAACACAGUAUAUUAGAGAGGGUUAUAAUUAUUACAGUAGUGUUACAAACAUCAAUAUAAAGAAUAUAGUACAGUAACCAAGCAUGAGUAAAUUAAGAAUCACCGUCAUGGUACCGAAAGAUGACAUGUGCAACAACAAGGAAACUCUGAAACAAAGGCUGUCUCACAAUUUUACUGAACACAAUAGUGUUGUUGCACCAUACAUAAAUGUUACAAAUAUUGUGAAACUGCUUCAUAGCAAACAACCUCUGAAAGAAACAUCUUGAUAUUAAAACAAAAAAUAACUGCUGAAUUCCUACAUCACUGAUGCUUUAUCAUGGAUACAGCAGAGUAACUUCUUUACUAGAAAAACACCAAUAAGAGUCAAAAUAGUAGACCCCACAAUCUGAUGACCUCCAAUGUCACAUUGUGUUCUCACUUGGGUAUAUAUGAGUAAUCUUGGAAAACAGACUCUUAAGAAGCUGCCUUGAGAUCGCACUAUCAACUCCUUCCAGAGAAACCUGGGAUCAAUCACUAGGAUUUCUUCAGCCAGCUCCAUUUAUCCUAUUCCAGAGUCGCAAGAACAUCACAAACAACUUCAGGAUAUAAGAGUAACCUGUAAGCCACCAGCAUGGAAACUUGAAAUGACCAAAAAAGGAGAACAAGAAUACAAAACAUGCUUAUAA